UAUUUCCUUGUGCAUCUGUGUGAGGCUGUGUGAGCAGCAGAGAGGGCUGAGCACAUCUGACUCUUGUGGAGGCAGCAGGGACUCAUUCCACUUGGCCAAGAGAGAUCGAUGCUUUUACGUGGAGCCGCACAGGACGGCUGAGCGCCCUCCUGCAGAAAGUCUGCACAGCGCCACCAAGAAAUUAAAGAGAACACGAGGCAAAGACUGAGUCCAUCACAAAGCUCCAGCCGGCAGAAACCCAGGGACCAACACUUCUCAACUUUAUCGUUUACACCCAAGGUGUGAGUGGAGGACAGUGGUGACGUGUGUUGCAAGGAUGCCAGAAUCAAAGCAUCUUCAUUGGACCACAGAGCUCACAACAAUGUUGGCUCUUGCUCUCCUUUUUGCACUACAGGGUGCUGCACAGGCUGCUCCAUCAGGAGACAACAAGCUGGUUCGAACCACCAGAGUGAGAAGGCAGAUCCCAGAGGGGGAUCAGUUUCCCUCUGCUUCCUCAGUCAACCAGACGCUACGAGAGCAGCCUCUUGUCUUUAACCAUGUGUACAACAUUAACGUGCCAAUGGAGUCUCUGUGCUCCGUUGACCUGGAUGCAUCUGUGGCCCCAGAUUCUCACGCUGAGUUGGGAUCCAGACCUCCAGUUGAGGGUCCAGGGGAGCCAUCCGGGCCAACAGAAUACACAGAGCAGACGCUUGAUGCAGAGAGUCAGGUGACUUUCACGCACCGCAUCAACAUACCAAAAGCAGCAUGCAGUUGUCCAGCAAUAACCACAAUCCAGCAACUGGCCACCAGAGUGGAGAUGCUGGAGAGAGAGGUGUCCAUGCUCAGAGCUCAGUGUGGAUCUGGAUGCUGUGGGGAAGGUUCUGCCAUGGGUCGUCUGGACUUUGUCCCAGGUUGCAGCGGCCAUGGGAGCUUCAGCUUUGAUCUGUGUGGCUGCAUCUGCGAGGAAGGCUGGGGCGGCAAAAACUGCUCAGAGCCUCGUUGCCCCAAUGACUGCUCUGGUCAGGGGGUGUGCAUUGAUGGGGAGUGCGUGUGUGAUCGGGACUUUGGAGGCGACAACUGUUCAGAGCCACGAUGCCCCUCAGACUGCUCAGGCAGAGGCCUGUGUAUUGAUGGGGAAUGCAUGUGCGAGGAGUCCUUCACAGGCGAAGACUGCAUGGUUGGACGGUGUCUCAACGACUGCUCAGAUCAGGGGUUGUGUGUCAAUGGGACCUGCCAGUGCCGUCCCGGCUAUGUGGGAGAAGACUGUUCAUUGGUCUACUGCGCCAACAACUGUAGCAAGAAGGGAGUCUGCAAGGAGGGUUUCUGUGUCUGCCAGGAUGGCUUUGCUGGAGAUGAUUGUAACUCUGUGGCACCUGCCAUGAAUCUAAAUGCACGUGGAGUUACAGAUCGUACUAUUGAGCUGGAGUGGGAAGGGUCCAUUAUGGUGACAGAUUUCUUAGUGACCUACACCCCAAGCAGCCCUGGAGGUGUGCAGCUAGAAAUGAGGCUCCCAGGAAACACAACAUCUUGGAUUAUCACAGGUCUUGAAGCAGGCAUAGAGUACAACAUCAAUGUGUUUGCUGUCAUCAACAACUCAAUCAGCGUUCCCUCCAGUAUCACUGUUUGGACGUAUCUCUCCAAUCCAGAUGGAUUAGUCUUCAAAUCUAUCACAGAGACAUCAGUGGAAGUCCAAUGGCAACCGUUUUACUAUUCCUUUGAUGGAUGGGAGAUCAGCUUCAUCCCCAAGGACAAUGAUGGUGGCAUGACAGCCCAGCUGCCCAGCACCAUCACCUCAUUUAUUCAGAGUGGUCUGAGGCCUGGGGAGGAAUAUACAGUCAACCUGGUGGCGCUCAGAGAGCAGGGUCGAAGCCAGCCCGUCACUGCUACCUUCACAACCUUGAUUGAUGGUCCGACUCAGCUGAUUGUGCGUGAUGUGUCAGACACCGUAGCCUUUGUGGAGUGGACACCACCAAAAGCAAAGAUCGAUCAGAUUGUGUUGCGUUACGGCCUUGUGAGAGGAGAGGGCCCGCGGACCACCUUUAGACUCCAGCCCACGCUUACCCAGUACUCAUUACAGGUUCUGCGUCCUGGUUCACGGUACGAGGUGUCUGUAAGCGGAGUAAGGAAAGGAAACGAAAGCGGCUCUAUCUCUACUGAAUUUACAACCGCUUUAUCAUUCUUCUCAGAGAUCGAUGCCCCCAAGAACUUACGGCUUGUGUCCAAGACCUCCACUACCCUCGAGCUUGAAUGGGAUAACAGUGAGGCUGAGGUGGAGGGGUAUCAGGUGGUGUACAGCACGUUAGCAGGAGAUCAGUAUGAUAAAGUGAUUGUGCCACGCAACGAGGGUGCCACUACUAAGACUAAUCUCACCGACCUUCUGCCGGGAACGGAGUACGGCAUUGGUAUCUCUGCCAUGAAGGGUAUCAACCAGAGUACACCAGCAACGAUGAAUGCCAGGACAGGCCUGGAUGUACCCAUGGAUUUAACUGUGACAGCUUCUACUGACAACUCCAUCACUCUGGUGUGGGGUGUAGUCCAGGGUCCAAUUGACCACUACAGGGUCACCUACACAUCUUCCUCUGGUAUCACAACUGAGCUGACAGUUCCUAAAGACAUAACCACCACAACUCUGACAGACCUUGACCCUGGAACUGAAUAUACAAUCACAGUAGCAGCAAGAAGAGGGAGGCAACAGAGCACUGCAGCAACCAUAGACGCCUUUACAGGGAUCAGGCCUGUAACCCACCUUUACCUGUCAGAAGGGACAUCAGAUUCAGUGUUGGUGGCAUGGAGUGCCCCAGCACCACCUGCUGACCUCUUCAUUCUGAGCUACAGCUCUGCUGAUGGGACAGACACUUCUAAGGUGACACUAGAUGGCUCCAAGACGAGGUCACUGGUCCAGGGCCUGCUGCCGUCCACUCACUACACGUUCAGUUUAAUCACAAUACAAGGGGAUGUUACCUCUGAGCCCCUUACGGCAUCACUCAGGACAGAAAUGGACCCACCAAAGGAACUGGCAGUCUCAGAUGUGACAGAAGAUUCAGUGACCAUCUCUUGGAUCAAACCACUGGCUCCCUUUGAAUAUUAUAAGCUCUCCUACCAGUCAGCCAGAGGUCGAGUGGACAGCGAGAUGAUAGACAGCGAUGUGACAAACUACACCUUGUCUAGUCUGUUUCCUGCCACGGAGUACGAGAUCAGCCUCAAUGCUGUCAGAGGGAGUCAAGAGAGCAGACCUGUCACCACGUCUGUCUUCACAGCCAUGGACAUGCCUGCAGAAUUGACAGCCCUCAACAUCACUCCACAAGGAGCCCUCCUGAGGUGGAACCCUCCCCUGUCCAACGUGGACAACUACGUGCUGACCAUCACACAUAACCAGCUGACAGCAGACACUUUCCUGGUUGAAGGAAACAAGCAUGAACACCAGCUGUCCAACCUCAAGCCAAGCACCACCUACUCUGUGGCCCUGUAUGCCACCAAAGGACCCCUGACAAGUGGCACUGUGAUCACCAACCUUCAGACACCCAUGGAUGCACCUGUGAACCUGACAGCCAGUGAAGUGAACCACCGCAGCGGUCUCAUUUCCUGGCAGCCGCCAAUCGCAGAAAUAGACAACUACAUGCUCACUUACAAAACUCCUGAUGGCAGCCGGAAAGAGUUGAUUCUUGAUGCAGAGGACACAUGGAUUCGACUGGAGGGAUUGGCAGAGAGCGCAGAGUACACAGUUAAGCUCCAGGCUGCUAGAGGGCUUGAUACCAGUGCUGUGGUUUCCACCACCUUCACUACAGGGAGCCGUCUGUUUUCAACACCUCAGAACUGUGCCCAACACCUGCUGAACGGAGAGACUGCGAGUGGCGUCUACACCAUUUACAUCAACAGAGAUCCGAGCCAAGGGGUGCAGGUGUACUGUGACAUGAGCACGGAUGAAGGAGGCUGGAUUGUGUUUCAGCGUCGUCAAAAUGGUCUGACUGACUUUUCCAGAAAGUGGAGUGACUAUCGAGUUGGAUUUGGAAACCUUGAGGAUGAGUUUUGGCUUGGUCUUGAUAACAUCCAGAAAAUUGCUUCUCAGGGACGCUAUGAGCUGAGAAUUGACAUGAGGGACGGACAGGAAUCAGUUUAUGCCAAUUAUGACAAAUUUUCCAUUGGAGAUGCAAGAAACCUCUACAAGCUCAGGAUAGGAGAUUAUAAUGGCACUGCUGGUGACUCUUUCAGCUACCACCAGGGCCGUCCAUUCUCAACUAAAGACAGAGACAAUGACAUUGCUGUCACUAACUGUGCCUUGUCCUACAAAGGAGCCUGGUGGUACAAGAACUGCCACCGGGCCAACCUCAAUGGAAAAUAUGGUGAAUCCAGACACAGUCAGGGUAUCAACUGGUACCACUGGAAAGGCCACGAGUUUUCCAUUCCCUUUGUGGAGAUGAAGAUGAGGCCCUUCAACUUUCGCAGUAUCAGCAGUAAGAGGAGACGAUCCACCACCGUAUAAACACACCACCUCCGCCCUGCCAAGAAUUGUGGAUAAAUGGAGUUUAGAUGAUACUAAACUCCAUUUAGUUUAGUAUGGGUGUUAAAUCUCUGCUAUCUGUGCGCCUUUCUGACCGCAAAGGCAGGCUGAAAUUAAACUGUGCCACAUCUCAUUAGUGAGGCCGCAGAGACUGACGGAGUGAGCAAUUAAACAAAGCUACUAAUAUUUCAUUUGGCAAAUUUCAUGAAUUAAUACUUUACCAACUUGUUAUUUUAACCUGGAUACUGUCAGAAAAUAGCAGAGAGGUUUUGACACCACAUCCAAACUCUGUUGAUCUUUCCGCCUGUCCAGCAUAUGCUGUCUUUUCCUGCUGUACUUCUACUUAGAAGACAAUGUAUGUAAUUUAUUAAGUACUCAGAAUGACAAUGGUUGUAACUGCUGUAAAAAAAAAGUAAAAACAAAAAGGGAGGAAUGCAAACGAAGAUGUUUUGGUUUAACCUUAACAUUUGAGUUUUCCUUCCUUGAGAUGCUGAAUUGUGCUCAGAAAUGCUCUUAAGGUUAAAAUACUGCGCUUUUUUUAGCCAUUAUAAAAUGACACUGAAAUCGAUAGUAUAUGCCCUUAAAACUCUGUAAUAUAUAUAUAUAAAUAUAUUUUUAUAGCUGAUAUUGUGACUGAGUCCUCCUAUAAUUUGAUGCCUUGAUUUAUGAACCUCAAUUAAGUUAACUCAAAAAUAGUAACAUACUGGAUUGAGUCAGGAAAAAAAACAUUACACAGCAAAAUUGAACAUAGAAAAUAAUCAUUAAUCAAAUAAUUCACCAGCAACAUCUUCAUUGCCUUGUAAUUUAUUUGUUUCAUGUGUAAUGUAAGCUACUUUAGAUGAAUUACAUAAAGCAGAGGGAGAAUAAUCAUCUUCUUUACACAUUGUUAUAUGUUUGGUAGCCCCACUGAGACAAUGAGAGCGGAAACACAGCUAAGCUAUUGCAGUUCAGUCUGUUAGGUGAACACAUUUAGUUGUUCAUGGGCAUUUUAUUCUUGCUUGAUUUAAUUUCCAAGCAAAUUAGUCAGAAAAUCUUUUAACUUUGUUGCUGACGUAGGGAUUUUCUUGCAGAAAUAAUGGCGAUGGAUGCAACAGUUAACCAAAGGCCUUCGUAAUAAAGAUUUAAUGAUUGAAAAUAAUGCGGUCUUGAUACUGCCCCACAUUUCAAGCCCUUUUGUAUUCAUUGUGAUUCCCCCAAAUGCGAAGUGAAAUUUUCUAAAUGCUAUUCAGAACAAAGUCAGUGUGGGCAUAGUGCAGAUUUAAGUCUGGCUCCCUUCCUGCUGCUUGCUGAAAUGAACUAAACAAAGAAAGCAGAACAGAAGAGUGAAGCCAAGUUUUCCUUGUACUCGCUUCACUGUUUAAGCUGCUUCACGAAACAAAGAAAUCCACUAACACUGCUGGGAAUGUGUUCCUUUUAGUGGGGUUGGCGUAAUCUUUGGCUUGCCAACCAACCAUGUGUUCAUGGUGGCACACAAGGCAUUCGGGGCCAGUUAGCUGACAGUAGUCUUUCUGCCUGAGUUUAAGAUAGACAAAACAAACAUGACUGGAAGAAAGAAACCAAUGUCACAGUCACUAUAAGCAACAUUUUGUCUCAUUUAUUAGGUAAUCAAAUACUUUGUUUACUAUUAUUUUCUGUAUCUUCUUUACUCUUCUCAGUAAAUCCUCUGAUUGAAAAUAGUAGCCCUCCCCUGUUCUACUACUACUGUUACUACUACUACUAAUAUACUUAUGUAGAUAUGAAGUUGAACUGUCUUUUACUUUCACUGACCCCAUUCAAUGGCAGCCAACAAAGAAACCCCACUGGGGAAUUCCUGCUAAAAACAGUGUAUUUCUAACCACUGUUGUGCUAAGGGAUGAAUGGAGCCUCCUGCAUGUUGACUGAAAUGCUGCCAACAACUUGAGAGUGAACAACAAAUGUCUUUAGAAUAUAUUUGUGCACAUAUUUAUCUUUUGUUCUAUCUUAAAGCUGCCCCUGAAAUGAUUUAAAAAUAGAUUUAAAUUUCUUUUUUUUUUCCACUUUAAGCCUUUUAAUCAACAUGAAACCUUUCCCAGGUUGAUGAUUGGGUUUUUAAUUGUCAGAGGAUUUCAGACUCUCUCAUGCAAUAAACUUAUCUUAGUUAUUUAUAGUGAAGUAGAUUAAUAUGUGUGUGUGCUUAUUUAAUUACCUGCUUUGAUAAAUUUCUCUUCUUUGGGAUUUGUAUAAAUGAAUAAUGGUCUGGAAGCUCUUCUUAAAGGAAACAGAUUGUAUUUUAUGUUCUGGCAAUAUUUCUCAUUGCAAACUCCAAGGUGCUUGUAAAUCAAACAAAAACAGAACUGUCAUUUUUAUUUACGUCCACAUGGUGGGGAAAAUAAAUACUGAACACCAAAUUUUUCUUAUGCUUAUAUUUAUAUUCAGGCUGUUGACAUGAAAUUCACACCAGAUUCUUGUAACCUUCCAAGUAUUCCACAUAUACAAAAAUAAAAAAUAGUUUGUUUUCUUUAUGUCUGGAGAAAAAAAAAAUCAUCUGUUGGUAGUGAAAAAAACUCAAGAUUGUAGGCAUUGCUCAAGUGGCACUUUGAUAAGUAUUUCUAUCCAAAUGUUUUAAAAUGUUGAAGGUUCUUUGCUUUUCUAUGCUUUCUCAUCUUCUAGCGGCUUUAUUUUCCUUUUUCUGAAACCAGUUUAAAGUUCAAGUUUUUUGUUGUUUGACAAAAAAAAAAAAAUCCAUCUUUUCCUUCCUCCGUUUUCUGUUAGAUGAACUCAGUCAGUAUGAUAUGCUGAAAGACAGAUACACACCAUUAUGUUCUUUGCUCCAUAUAUUACUGGUGGUGUUCAAUGGCUCUUGGACAACCUUCCUGUUUAUUAUUAUUUUUUUCACUUUAUUCUAAGACAUGAGCAUUUGGUUACUGCUGGGGUAUGGCAGCCCCGAUGGUGCUCACUGAAACAUUCAUAAGUUUAGAAAGUCACCUGUAGACAAUCCAGUCGCUAUGCCUUACAACAAUAAGGUUACAGAGGUAUUGAGAGAGUUUAGUUUAUUUUCCUCAUAAUGUUGUGCAACAAUUUUGUAAUGUGUUCAUAGGUUAUAUGUAGAUACAACCAAGACAGGUGAAAUUAUUUGACACUGACAGGGCGCAAGAGCUCUUUGUAAAUACUGACAUGAUUCUUUUUCUUUAUGUUUGAUAUCUUUACCAUAAAAUCUACUGUAUUUACUCAUAAUUUAUAUUAAAUAUGUGUUUGAUGUCUUUAAAAGCAUGGAUUACUUGGGUAGUUACCAACAUAUACUGUGAAUUUCAUGUUAAUGUCUGAUCACAAAUAUAUUUGUUGAGAGGAAAAAAAAACACUGACAUGCUAAAUAUUUAUUUUAUUCACUGUAUAUAUAAAUUGGUCAAAUCUCAGUUUUUCUUAUAUUCAAAUACUGUUUCGCAUGGCACUAACUUUUUGGAGAACUAUGAUAAUAUUUCUCUUCUACGCUGUUUUAGGAAAUUUAAUAAAUUCUUCAAAUCCAUUUUCUCUUCAAGGUAUGCCUCAAAAUGCAAUUAAAAAGAGCAUCAACUAUUGACUUGAUUUAAAAUAGGAAUUAAUAUUCUUUUUUUAUUAUUUUGCACCAUGUAAAGUUUCAUCUGUUUGAUUCACUGUAAUUUUUUAAAACAUCUUAAUUCUUGGAAACCUAAACACAUUCACUGUUUAGUCAUUUGUACAGAAGAGUUGUUUACUUAAUUGUUCUUCAUUUUCCACUUCCUGUGACAUCAGUCACGCUCGGUCCUGUAAACUACUGAAGAAAUACCACAAGUUUACAUGCUCAGUUUGCUUAAUCCAAAAACUGCAACUUGAAAUGAUCUGAACAAUGCUGGCAUGGACAUGUAAAUGUUGAUAAAAUGUGAUUUUGACAGUUUGAAAGCUAAGGUAAACUUAAACUAAGAAUUUGUUGUUGGAUAACCUUGAAUAUUACUGUCAAAUUUAGCUCUAGUUUGACUUAAACAUGUACAAUAAAGUUCCUUUUUUAAAACAUUUUCUACAUAUUAAUAAAAUAUUCUAAUACUCUCAUUUGAUGACUAUUUUUCCUUUGCUUUGUGGCUGUUAACAAUGUUUUUGUUUUUGCUAAGUGUGCAGAGGACUACUUGGGAUAGUUUUAACAUCCAUGUUCAUCCAUGUACAUUAGUUAUACUUGACUUGAGUAAACUCAUAUCUAAAGUGUCAGAUGCUGGUCUCACAACCAU